AUGGUCGCUGAAACGAAGUUAUACGAUUCUCUAGGAGUUCAACCAAGUGCUUCGCAAGAUGAGAUAAAAAAGGCCUACAAGAAGCAGGCCCUAAAAUGGCAUCCAGAUAAAAAUAGAGAUAGCCCUCAAGCGUCUGAGAAAUUCAAAGAGGUUUCACAGGCUUAUGAAGUACUUUCUGAUCCCGAAAAACGCAAAGUAUACGAUCAAUAUGGCUUAGAGUUCCUUCUUCGGGGCGGCGGUGAAGCUCCUCCUGGAGGCCCUGGAGGAGCGCCUUUCGAGGGCGGAAUGCCCGGUGGAUUUCAGGGAUUCGGUGGCAUGCCCGCUGGUGGCAUGCCCGGCGGCGCACGAACGUUCCACUUUUCUACCUCAGGGGGACCCGGAGGCUUUAAAUUUAGCGAUCCGGACGAUAUAUUUUCUGGCUUUGCGCGCUCAGGUGGUUUCGGUUCUGAAGGACCUGAUAUUUUCUCAAUGUUUAGUAAUCUUGGUGGAGGAGGAGGCGGUGGUGGUGGAGGCAGGUCCUUUCGGACAUCAAGUGGUGGGCAGCCGCGUUUUAAAGCGUCCCACGAAGCCAGACGACCGCCAACUCCAGAAGUAACGACGGUGGAAAAGAGUCUCCCAGUAGCACUGGAAGAUAUUUACAAAGGCGUGCACAAAAAGAUGAAAAUAAAGAGAAAGACUUUUGAUGAGAGAACUGGGAAGAGAAGCGUGGAAGACAAAAUCCUGGAGUUUGACGUGAAGCCCGGGUUAAAAGCUGGAAGCAAGAUCAAAUUCAAGGGUGUAGGAGAUCAGGAAGAGGGUGGAACUCAAGACCUCCAUUUUAUCAUCCAAGAGAAAGAGCACCCAUGGUUAAAGCGUGUGGGAGACGAUCUUGUUACUACUGUUGAAAUUGACCUCAAAGAAGCUUUGACGGGAUGGAGCCAGACUGUAACAACUAUCGAUGGCAAACAGCUACGCGUUUCUGGAAGCGGACCAACCCAGCCGGGGUACGAGGAAGUCUUUCCUCAACAGGGUAUGCCAAAGCCAAAAGCACCAGGUCAACGCGGCGACUUCAUAGUUCAAAUCAAAGUCAAAUUCCCGUCCAGCCUGACGUCGGCUCAGAAAUCAAAACUGAAAGAAAUCCUCUAA